ACCCGCGUAUCUCGCUCUUAGCGAUUGCUCUUCGCUCUUCACAGCACAUCGUCCUGCCCCCUGAUCGUCCGGUGUGACGUGUCCAAAGCGAAGCGAGCGCAAAUCGCCGAGACUCGACACGCUUGCGCCUUCUCUAAAUUCGUUCCCAGCUCGGGUUUGCAGCCUCUCCGUCGUCCGGGUCCGUGUCAGGUAUUGAAAGAAUUUAACUAAUUUGCGAGGUGGUUCCUUCACUUCUGCGUGAAUUGAACGCUUUUGGAACAUAGGGACAACAUCAUAAUGAAGGCUCUAAUUCUUGUUGGCGGAUUUGGGACUCGGUUGAGGCCCCUGACGCUUAGUGUCCCCAAGCCACUUGUUGACUUCGCUAACAAGCCCAUGAUCCUGCAUCAGAUAGAGGCACUCAAGGCCGUUGGAGUGAGUGAAGUGGUUUUGGCUAUCAAUUACCAACCAGAGAUUAUGCUGAACUUCUUGAAAGACUUUGAGGGCAAGCUUGGAAUUAAGAUCUCGUGCUCACAAGAAACUGAGCCACUUGGAACUGCCGGCCCUCUUGCUUUGGCGAGGGACAAGCUGCUGGAUGAUUCUGGUGUGCCGUUUUUUGUUCUCAACGGUGAUGUGAUAAGCGAUUACCCACUCAAAGAAAUGAUUGAAUUCCACAAAACCCACGGAGGAGAGGCCUCUAUAAUGGUCACAGAGGUGGAUGAGCCAUCAAAGUAUGGCGCGGUGAUCAUGGAAGAGUCAACUGGUAGAGUUGAGAAAUUUGUGGAAAAGCCAAAACUGUUUGUUCGCAACAAAAUUAAUGCCGGAAUUUUCUUGCUGAACAUCUCGGUCCUUGAUCGGAUCCAACUGAGGCCUACUUCCAUCGAGAAGGAGGUUUUCCCCAAGAUUGCAGCCGAGAAUCGGCUCUACGCGAUGGUCUUACCUGGGUUCUGGAUGGACAUUGGACAGCCGAGGGACUGCAUCACAGGGCUGAAACUCCACCUUGAGUCGACCAGAAAGAAGUCGUCAGAGAAAUUGGCAACUGGACCCCACAUUGUUGGCAACGUCUUGGUACACAAGACCGCUAAGAUUGGCGGGGGAUGUCGGAUUGGUCCCGAUGUGGCGAUUGGUCCAGGCUGUGUGGUCGAAUCGGGAGUUAGACUAUCUUGCUGCACAGUGAUGCGCGGAGUCCGCAUCAAGAAGCAUGCUUGCAUUUCCAGCAGCAUCAUAGGAUGGCACUCGACGGUCGGGCAGCGGGCCAGGGUGGAAAACAUGACUAUACUGGGGGAAGAUGUCCAUGUCGGGGACGAAAUAUACAGCAACGGAGGCAUCGUCCUACCGCACAAGGAGAUCAAGUCUAGUAUUUGGAAACCAGAGAUCGUCAUGUGAGAGUAAGAUUAUCAGGCAAGUAAGUAGAGCAUGCUUAGGGUUUGUUUUCUAUCCAAGUUCAAAAACAGAAAAAAGAAAAGAAAAAAUAAAGAGAGGUGCUUUGUUAUUUUUCUUUCUCUGUUCAUGGUUUUUCCCCCUUUCCCAUUCUCUUGCACGAGUGUACCAGCCGGUCGCGUGCUUCAAGUUUCGGAGUGGAGUAGGGUUGGAACUUCACGUGUGUUGGACGGUCAGUGUCUUGUGAGAUUAUGUGCAGAACUGU